AUGAGGCAGGGGGAGUCCGCCGCGCGUGAGCCGUUGCUGGAUGGAGCUCGAUCUCACCAGGGUGGCUCGGAGAGCCUUCGGCGCAGCCCACCCCAGUGGAAGAAAUGGGUCUCCAUGCUUCCCCUCCUGUACAUCCUCGAGGUCGCAUUCAUCGUCGCCCUCACCGUGUGGAGAGCCGAAGACGGCGUCCUGAACGACGCCCAGGCGUGGAGCAUCUACGCGCUGGCGAUUGUGAUGUCCGCGUACUUCUUGCUGGCGAGUCUGCUGGGCUACUGGGGCGUCUACACGAGGGCGAAGACGCAGGAGGCCUACAUCGCUCUGUGGCUGCCGUUCGUGCCGGUGGUCAUCGCAUUGGUUUGGUUCGCGGCGUCUGCGGACCUUCGCGUGGCGCUGGCGAGGGUUGUCGACGGCACCGCGGACGGAACUCUGAGGAUGGGGGACCAGAAGUGGUUCAUCGCCCUGCAGGGACUCCGCGUCCUGGCUCUCGGCUCAAUCAUCAAAGAGCGCCUUGGCCUCUUCCCCUUCUGGUUCGCCUACCUCACGGCGCUGCCGGACUUCCUGUUCGGCCUGUCUGCCUGGAUCCUGCUCGCGGCCUUCGGGCCCUCGGACCCAACCUGCGCCACAGCCCUUGCAGUCUGGCACCUCGUGGGGUUCGUCGUCAUCGUGCCUUUCUCCAUGAUUGUUCUGCAGAGCGGCCUUCCUGGCGUCUUCCGCAUCCACAGCCCGAAGCCGGGCAACGAGCUGAUCUACGAGUUUCCCAUGUCGCUGGGCCCCUCGAUAGUUGUGCCCAUUUUCGUGAUGUACAAUUUGUUGUGCGCCUGGAGGCUGCUGGUUGCACAGCAGGCCUGA